CGAGGAGAUUGCAACUCUGAAGUUGAGAUUCACCACCACAAGGCCCAAACUACUCCACGUCAUAAACCAAAAAAAGACACGUGGUUAUAUAAUAACCGUGGAUAGACAUCAAAAAGGCGCACGAUACGUCCUAACCUCGUUAGCGUAUGUUAGCAUAAUAUCGAAGUUGCGUUAUGAUUGGCCGGUUGUUGCGUUCCAUUAAAAAGCUUUAGGGUUCCGGAUUCAAGGGGAGGAGGCAAUAAGUCGCCACCGUUAGCUUCUCAAUCAAUCAUCGGAGAUCGUCUAGCAAUUAUGGGUGAAGAAGAAGACGAAGAAGAAGACGCUGUGACGUUUGAUCAGAAUAGCUCUGAUUCGUCGUCGUCACCAUUGCCACCACAGCUAUCUUCUUCUAAAGUGCUGACAUUGCCCACUGUGUUAACCCUUGGACGUGUAGCUGCCGUCCCCAUUCUCGUCGCGACCUUUUACGUUGAUUGCUGGUGGGGGAGAACUGCCACAACGAGUAUUUUCAUUGCAGCAGCCAUUACAGACUGGCUUGAUGGAUAUAUUGCAAGAAAGAUGAGGUUAGGUUCUGCGUUUGGUGCUUUUUUGGAUCCUGUGGCAGAUAAGCUUAUGGUAGCAGCAACAUUGAUUUUGCUGUGUACUAAACCUAUGGAUGCUAUUGUCUUAGGACCUGUUCCAUGGUUAGUGACAGUACCUUCAAUUGCAAUUAUUGGUAGAGAGAUUACUAUGUCAGCAGUAAGAGAAUGGGCUGCAUCUCAAAACGGCAAGCUUUCUCAGGCUGUUGCUGUAAAUAGCUUGGGAAAGUGGAAAACGGCAACGCAGAUGAUAGCGUUAACCAUACUUCUUGCCAGCCGGGAUAGCAGUUUUGAGAGGCUAUUACCGUCUGGUAUUGGGUUGCUCUAUGUAUCCGCAGGGCUCUCUGUAUGGUCUUUAGUUGUUUAUAUGAGACAGAUAAUGAGAGUAUUGCUAAAGAAGAAGAAGUAGCAACAACGUUUUUAUUUUUUCUGGCUUUUGCAUUCAGUAUAUACACAUAAGAAUGGAAGACUUGCCCAGCCACAAAAGGUAUAACUAAUCUCUCUCUCUCUGGAUACAAAACGAAAUUAGCUGGGCAAGCACUAUAAGACUCUUAUGAUGCUUUAGACUCUGGUUUGGUUUUGUAUAAUAUCUCAAUCACAUUGCUCCUCCUCGCUCACCAUGCACUGAGUUUUCAAGCAGCAAGCAACAACUUAUGGGCCAUGGAGGAAAGAAAAGCAAGCAGGUGCAGUUUCGUUCUAGUUUGGAGACUUGCUUUGGUCUCAUGAGAUGAUAAAAUACAGUUGAUGCUUUUUCAAUACUUUCCGAUUACAAUAUAAAUUAAAUAAUGUAACAAAUCUUUGGUGACAUUAUCUCUUCUACAUGGCCUCGCUUCUUGUAUUUUUCACUUCGGUGUAAGCUUCAGUCUUUGUAUAUGGAAGAUUUGAUCUUCAGACGAAAGGAUACAAAAAUCGAAAAUCUCUCUCUAUGGAUGAGCC